AUGAUAGAAGGUCAACAUCAUAGGACUUAGUUCUGUGGAAUGUUGGCUAUAAAACAAAGCAAAUGCUUUCUAAACGUUCAACUCUCAAACAACCUUUAAAUUGAACAGGGUGGAGUUAUUUACACCGAUGGCCAUCUUCAUUCUAUGGGAGGUGACAGGAGAGACGACCAAUGUGCAGGAGGAGGGUAGUGUUCGGGACCGUCACUUUAUCGCGGUCUGCUGUAGCUCAAUUGCUAGAGAAUGGUGCUUGCAACGCCAGAAUAGUGGGUUGUAUGCACACGACUGUAAGUCGCUUUGGAUAAGAGCAUCUGCUAAAAUGCCAUAUAUUAUUACUCUCAGGGAAUCUGGAUACUAGGUGGAGGGAUAGGGGCAACACUGCACAUACUGUUCUCUUAACCUCUCUCUUUUCCUGUAUCUCUCCCAUCUUUCUCCCAUCUCUCUCUCACCCUGCCCCCCUCCACUCCAGCACAGAAAAUAAAGGGUGGUGGUUAAUUAAUGAUUCCAUGCUGGCUGUCAGAAGGCUGUGAGUGUUUUAUUGAGUCCUCACAAACUGUCACCACACACCACUUCCUCUGUAUUGGCCCACUGCCUAUGUUUCUACAUUACUUUCCUUAACUCUUUAGUGCUCAGUAGCAUUCAUAAGAAUUGUUGCAGCAAUCUAGAAUAGUAAGAGGGGUUUAAAUAAGAACACUUAUAUUGCAUUUGAGAUUUUUAGCAUAGUAACAGAAUGUAUACAGUUAAAAUCCUAAUAGUAUAUCUCCCCCUUCCACUUAUCCUUCCUCCCAUUACACAUAUUUUUUGUCACUUCAUCCCUCUCUCUGCCCUCAUCCCACCCUCCUCCCACCCUCAUCCCUCUCUCUGCCCUCAUCCCACCUCAUCCUCUCUCCUCGCUCUCCUAUCCCACCCUCCUCCCCCACUCCUCCCCCUCUCCCUCUCGUCUGCCUCAUCCCACUCAUCCUCUCUCUGCUCUCAUCCCACCCUCCUCCACUCAAUCCCUCUCUCUGCCCUCAUCCCCCCUCCUCCCACUCACCCUCUCUCUGCCCUCAUCCCACCCUCACAUCCCCUCUCUCUGUUCUCAUCCCAUCCUCCUCUCACCCUCAUCCCUCUCUCUGCUCUCAUCCCACCUCAUCCCCCUUCUCUCUUGCUCUCAAUCCCACCCCGCCUCUCACUUCAUCCCUCCUCUCAUGCUCUCACCCACCCUCAUCCCUCUCUCUGCUCUCAUCCCACCUCAUCCCUCUCUCUGCUCUCAUCCCACCUCAUCCCUCUCUCUGCUCUCAUCCCACCCUCCUCUCACUUCAUCCCUCUCUCUGUUCUCAUCCCACCCUCCUCUCACUCAUCCCUCUCUCUCUCUCAUCCCCACCUCCUCCCACCUCAUCCCUCUCUCUGCUCUCAUCCCACCCUCCUCCCACCUCAUCCCUCUCUCUGCCCUCAUCCCACCUCAUCCCUCUCUCUGCUCAUCCCACCUCAUCCCUCUCUCUGCUCUCCACCUCUCCCACCUCAUCCACUCUCUCUGCUAUCCCACCUCAUCCCUCUCUCUGCUCUCAUCCCACCCUCCUCUCACUUCAUCCCUCUCUCUGCUCUCAUCCCACCCUCCUCCCAUCUCAUCCCUCUCUCUGCUCCCACCUCUCCUCUUCCUCCCAGGUGUCAUGGAUGAUGAGGACGAUCGCCGUCUUCUGGAUAUUAUAGGGUAAAUCUAUCUAGAACAAAUAAAUCACAAACACUGUCUAUAACACAUCUACAAACAUCUAACACUAAGGCAUUCAUAAUGGCAGGUGGAACAGAGAAGUAUGUUGCCCAGGGGCUACGAAUGUUAACUAAAUUGCAUUAACAAACAAAAAAAGUCUGAUGGUCCCUGACUCGAGCUCCCUCCCUCUCUCCUUCAGAGAUGUGCAGGCAUUGAACGACUACCUCCACGGCUCCACCAACAAGUCUGUGAGUGUUUCCCCCUCUGGUCUACUAGUUCAACUAUGCCCAUUUCAAGUAAUUUAAUAUUUAAUUAAGUUAGCAGGCUGCUUUGUGAUACAGGUGAAGUGACAGUGUGUUUUCUCCCUCAGAUUGGGGAGGAUGACGUGACGAACGCAGCGUACGGUUCUGCUGGAACCUUCUUCACUAGUAACACUGUGAGUUGUAGUAAACCUUUACUUACCUGCUGCCAGUGGGUUUAUAUACUGACGGAGCCUGCAUAGUUGCUAGCAGCAUACCACUCUGCAUCCCACUGCUGGCUUGCCUAUGAAACUAAGCAGGGUUGGUCCUGGUAGUGGUCUUGGAGGGCCAGUAGUGGGCACUGUUCCCUCUGGGCUAAGGAGAUCCCAAUGCCCCAGGGCAGUGAAGGGGACUUUGCCCUGUGUAUCGUGCCGUCUUUCGGAUGGGAUGUUAAACGUGUCCUGACUGUCUGUGGUCAUAAAAAAUCCCAUGGCACUUAUCAUAAGAGUAGGGGUGUUAACCCCGGUGUAAUGGGUAAAUUCCCUACCUGGCCCCAUUCCAUCAUGACCUCCUAAUCAUCCUCCUAAUUUGCAUAUAUCACUCCUCACCUUUCUAGCUGAUGUGUGGUGAGUGUUCUGGUACAAAAAUGGUCAGCGUGCAUCACCCAGGUGGGUGCUACACACUGAUGAUGGAUGAGGUGAACUUCCCACUACUAUGUAAAGCACUUUGAGUACCUCAGUUGGUAGAAAAGUGCUAUUUAAAUCCAAUCAAUUAUAGUUAUAAAGUGUUUUUUUUCUUCUCUCUCUCAGGCUGGCUCUAACUCCGGCCUCAAAGAUGGAGAGUUUGAGGAUUCAGCGGGGGCGGGCCUCCAGCUUUCCAGCAGCCUAUCGUUCAUUGAGGAUGAGCUGGGGGGAGGAGCCUCUCCAGGAGGAAUGGAUCUUGGUGGAGGAGAGGACCAGCCCUUUGACAUCCUGCAGAAGUCUCUCAUGGAGGCAGACAUCACUGAACAGACUCUGGAACAGGAGGCCAUGCUAGACUCCCAACGACCACCCCCUCCGGCCCUCUCCCCAUUCCCCGCCCAGCUGGUCUCGGGGGGGUACAGCGGCGGGGUCACCACGGCGACAGCAGCGUUUCCCAGUGGUCAGUUCCUCCAGGGCGUAUCCCAGGUGUCCCAGCUGCCCAAUGGCCAGGCAGGGGGGCACAUCCAGGUGUUGGGGUCCUUCGGCGGGGGAGGGGUCCAACAGAUCCUCCUCCGGCAGGGUGGGGGGAUAGGGGGGGUGGUGGGGGGAGUAUCAGCAGGGGGGCAGGUGUUCGCCGCCUCCUCCCCAGGGGGCCAGGUGAACCAGGUGGGCAUGCCCUUUAAAAACAUCCCCCUGCAGAACAUCAUAAUCCAGAGAGGACCAGGGGGUGCCCAGGCCCUGGUCAGACCUAUCCAGCCCAAACCCCUUCAAGCUGGGGCUCAGACAGUCUACAGCCUUGGACUCCAGACCACGACCACCACCAUGGUUAACACUGCGGCCCAGGGACACUACACAGCUAACGGCUCCAUCCUGGUCCACUCUCCGCUAGGGCAGCAGAACCAGGGACAACAAGGCCAGGCCAACCUGCCCCCAGGGCAGUAUCUGGUCCACCACAAUGGCUCCUCAGAUCCAUCCCAAUCAACCAUGCUAGCCAAUCAGAACACAGUGCAGCUUGUCACCGGGCAGAACUUCACGGCGACGGCGGGAGGUCAGCUAAUCCAGGUGGGAGGCGGUCAGGUGGGAGUAGGAGCAGCCAUGACCCAAACAUGGCCCCCCCUUUUUCUUUUCCCCUUUCUGGAGGGCCCCCCAACGGAAAGGCCCGGGGGAAAAGCCCCCCCCCCCUAAAAACCCCCUUCCUCGGCCCCCCCAAAAGCCCCCCCCAAAGGGCCCCCGGGGGCUAAAAACCCCCCAAGGCGGCGGGGGGACAGGGGGGCCCCCGGGGAAACCAGGUCCCCCCCAGGGGGGAAAGGGGGGGGGGGCCCCCCCGGGGGGGGGAAAAGGGGGGGGCCCCCCCCGGGGGGGGGGGCCAAAAGACCCCCUUCCCCCGGGGGGGGGGAAAGUAGGGGGGGGGGGGGCCCCCGGGGGGGUGAAACCCCUUCCGGGGGCCGGGCCCGUUCCCCCCAAAAAAAAGGGGAAAAAAAACCCCCCGGGGAAAAACCCCCCAAAAGGGCCAAAAGGGGAAAAGCCACCCCCCCCCGGGGGGGCCCCACGGGCCCCCCCCCCAAACCCCAGCCCCCAAACCCAAAAACCCCUUACCCGGGGGAAAAGGGGAAAAAGGGAAGGGGGAAAGGGGCCCCAGUUUUCCCCCAAAAAAGGGAAAAAAACCCCAGAAAACCCCCCAAAAAACCCCCUGUGGGGCCAACCGGCCCCCAAACUUCAAAAUUGGCCCCGGGAGGGGGGUUUUGGGGGCGGGCCCCGGGCCCCCCGGGGUUUCCCCAAAAGGCCCCCCCGGGGGGGUGGGAGCGGGGGGGGGGGGAGGGGGGGGGAAAAGGGGGGGGGAAAAGGGGGUUUUGUUCGGGGGGGAGGGGGGGCAGGGGGGAGGAAACCGGGGUAAAAAAAACCCCGGGCCCCCCCCAAAAAGGAAAAAAAAAUUUUAAAAAAACCCCCCGGGGGAAAGGGAAUCUUAAUCCCCUAAUCCCCCCAACCCCUUCCUAACACCUACAUAAACCCAAAUUCGCCCCCAAAUUUAAAAACCCACCCCCCCGGGCCCGAACCCCGCCCAGCCCAAAAGGGUAAAAACCCCGGGGAAAGGGGGGGGGGGAGGGGGGGGGGGGGCAGGGGGGGGGGGGGCCCAAAAAAACCCCCCCCCCGGGGGGGGGGGGGGGGGGGGGGGGGAAAAAGGGGGGGGGGGGGGGAAAAAAAAAGGGGAACCCCCCAAAAAGGGGGGGGGAAAAAAAUCACCCCCCCUAAUUCCCAAAACCCCCCAUUAAUUUCCCUUUUUCCCUUUUCCCCCUUUUUUUCCCCAAAUUUUUCCUUUUUCCCCUUUCUCCCUCUUUUUUUCCCUUUUUUUUCCCCUUUCUCCUCUUUUCUCUCUUUUUUUUCUCUUUUUCCCCCUUUCCUCUUUCCUUUUUUAAAACAAGUGGUUGGUGGCUUGUAUGUGUGUUGCUGUCUGGGUGUGUGUGUAUAGCUCGUUAUUAUUAGGAAACCCCCUUUCCUGACUCCUGUUUCCUUUUUUGUCUCCUAGCUGUGAAAACAAUGACCUCCAUGAGCCAAGACUCCCUGCUAAACACACAGGUAGUCUACAUGUGACACACACGUUUGUGUGUGUGUGUUAGUGUGUGUGUGUGUGUGUGUGUGAUGAUAAAAAUGAUGUGCCUCUUGUAGGUCAGCGCUCUGAAGAGGCCGGCACCUCAGCAGCUCACCAGAGGAGGAAUGUAAGUAGUGUGUGUGUGUGUGUGUGUGCGUAUAAAUCAGUGGAGGCUGCUGAGGGGAGGACGGCUCAUAGUAAUGGCUGGAAUGGAGUGUAAUGGAGUGAAUGGAAUGGUAUCAAAUACAUAACAGGCGUUUGAUACCAUUCCAUUUACUCCAUUCCGGCCAUUAUUUUGAGCCGUCCUCCCCACAGCAGCCUCCAGUGGUAUAGGUGUGUGUGUGUGUGUGUAUAUCCACAUAUGCAUAUAUACUGUAUGUGUGUGACAAGUGCACAAUGUGUAUGUCUCCAGGAUGCUACAGCAGUUGACGAUGGAUCGUUCAGGGGUUCUGUCACCUGACAUCGCCCGCUUCACCUCAUUGGACGACGCACUGCACAGACUCCUCCCCUACCACAUUUUCCACGGAGCUCCGCCCAACAAAGAAGAGUUUUCUCAAGGUCAGAAACCUCCCGUACUCCCUACACCGUGUGUGUGUGUGUGUGUGUGUGUGUGUAACACUGUGUUCUGUCUGUACCAGUGGAUGAUGAGUUUGAGUCGAUGGCGACUCAGGUGUUGAAGAGAACCCAGGUUAUGAUCAACAAAUACAGACGACUGCUGAUGGUGGAGGCUGAGGUGAGUACACACACACACACACACGGACACACACACACGCACACAAAUCAUUGUUUAUCUUCAAAAAGUGUAAGGAUGUUGCUAAGUCCCUCUCUUCCUGCAGCGCUCCAGCCCUUCCUCAGAGAUGGUGAUGAUUGACAGGACCUUUAACCAAGAGGAGCACCAGAACCUGACACAGGACAAACGUAUGGUACUGGUGGACCCAGGUGAGAAGGAGGGAAAUGGCAGGGGUGUGGAUCAUUCAAAAGGUGUGGACCAUUAUUUUUCAUAAUGUUUCUCUCUCUCUCUCUCUCUCUCUCUCUCUCUCUCUCUCCCUCCAUAGAUGGCUUCUUGGAAGAUUUCUGUUGUGGGGUGAAGCCGUCUCCCCUCUCUCCCCCCUGCCUCCCCUUGGACCCUCUAUCCUCCCCCUCGUCCAGCCACGGCUGUAGACAGACAGUGAGGGGGGUGACCACAGACACCCCUUACAGGACAGACCCCCAGUCGGGCUAUGGAGGCCCGGGUGGAGGUGGGAGAGGUAGUGGGGGAGGAGGGGGAGGAGGAAUAGACUCUUAUAAGAGUAUCAUUGACCUGAAGAGGACUCAACAAAGCAACUAUGGAAACAAAGCUGCCUCGAGCAACAACAACAACAGCAGCAACUAUCACCUUGGAAACGUUGCUGCUACAGCCACAGCGGCAGUGUCGACAGGGAUGGAACAGACUCAGUACCUGUCCUCCUCUCACCCCCAGGCCCCCCUUCCCCUCCCUCCCACCCCGCCCGACACAGACUCGGUUCUAGAGGCAGCCGUCAACAGCAUUCUAGAAUGUUAGACAGACUGACAGACAGACGUGCCCAUCACUCUAUCGUUCCAUUUCUCCAUCUCUCGCAUCCUCCCAUCCUUUCCCCCCAGCUCGCUCCAGGGAUGACAUGUUUGUUCUUUAUUUUCUCCUUCUCUCUCUCAUUGUCAGUCCAGUUCAACCAGCUCUGA